CAAAGCAACGCAUCAUGUGAGUGUGUUUGCGGGAGUCUGACUUGAGCGCGUCUACCAACCGAGCUGAGCAAAACCAAAAAGACAUUUUUUCUUCCUGUCUUGGUGAAUGGUUAGAUUCUGCAAACCAAUGAAUGGGCAGCUGUGCGGAUGCAGCGGUGAUCCAGGAAAAAACAGUCCAUUGUUCCUGGGACGUCGGAGAAGUGUGACCUCCCUCCCUCCCCUCCGCCAAAGACGUAGAAGCCUGCUGGCAGGUAAGUCAUCAUGAGCGGAGGCGUCAACGUCAGGUCCACCCUUCGGAAUCAUCCCACGUCGGGGAUCCCGCGUGCGUCUUUACCCACCUCCCACAAAACGGAAGGGAGCAGCAAUCUGCCCAGGUCCUCGACACCUACCUCGAAACGCAAAAUCACGCACACACCCACUCAGUCUCCCUUACUUUGCCCUCGGAGCGCCAGCAAGUCCUCUCGUAGGGACGUGCCGACAAACGCUGGCUUGAAGCCUCCACUUUUGCACCAAGCAGGUGGUCGGAACUCUUCCUCAUCUUACAAUAGUCCACUGACUCAGCGGCGUGUGCCUCCGCCGCACAUUCUGGAUCGGGGGAAGCCUACACAGAUUCACACGGAUUUUUCCCUUGAUGGGAACUGUAAUAGAAAUGAAGGCUCAAAUGGCAACCAAACAACCAGCCUACGUCCUCCGCUCCAGUUCAGCAGAGGAGAGCGUUCAGCUCCCGGAGAGUUGAAUGAUGUUGUGCCAGGAAAGGAGCAAGAGCCUCCAAAAAUGGACCCAGCCCGGUCCUGCAUCUCCAAAAACGGGAACGUCUACCAAGCUCCCACUCGAGCGAUUCAUCAGGAACCCGUCAGGGGUCUGAGUGACAGCGCCGCCCAAUCAGAUGAGGAGAUGGGCACGCCGGAAGAUUCAAGUCCGGCUUCCUCUUCCAGUCUUCCGCUGCUUCCGCCGGCCAUGCCCGUAUCUUUAGACACGCCGGAUCCAAAAGAGCCCGCUCCCUCCGAAACGCGAGUAAACAUGGCCGCCGUCGCUCCCUUCAGCUUCAGGCUGCAAGUGCAGGACUCUGAUUUGUCACUAGAUGAACUGAGUGACUGUUCAUCCGGAUCCAUUGAGAUCUGCUGCGAUGACCUCACACCAGGAGGGAUGCUGGAGGCUAAUGUGGCUAACAUUAGCAUGACAGCAAAGCCCAGGGAGCUGGACCUCAGGUCUCCCGCUGCUUCUAGACAGGAUUCUUCAGCCCAGUCCAUGGCUUCAAGGAAGCCUCCAGCAAAGCCAUCUGCUCUACCCCAGGGACCCCCACGUCCCUCCAGGUCAGAGCUGAAGGUCUACCGACCAACGACCGGAUCUAUUCCGAUUCCGGUCUCGAAUCCGUCGAAACUACGCAAGCAGCGAUCACUGAGCAACUUGGCUGUGCUCACUGAUGCUGAGAAAAAGCUGCACCUGUACCAGAGUCCCAGGUGGAACGAUGACUCCGGCCAGCCUGGUCCCGGCACCAACAAAGGGCAGACAGCUCGACCCGCCAGUGGGAAAACAUCCCUAUCCAGAACACUUUCCAAAUCAGAACAGUCCCUCUUCCAAGGCAAGCCAAAACCAUUCAACUCUCAAGCCGUGACUUCAAAUGCGGCGGGUAAGGCGAGCCGGAUCCCGGCCCCUGGGAAACCUCGUGGACCUUAUGCAGAGGUCAAACCCAUUAGCAAGACCACUGAGACAAGCCAAAGUCCAGGACUAGAUCUUGCUGAACAUCCCGUUAAAGCUAACGGAGCUGGUGGUACAGGAGAUACUGGCGCCACAAAAGCUGGCGAGAAGUCAAGAUCGGCUCCCGUUUUCAGUGAGGAGAAGAAGGACAGUAAGGCGGUAGAAGGUCAAGACGAUAAGGCCUUUUUGAAGGUGGACCCGGAGUUAGUGGUGACAGUUCUGGGGGAUCUGGAGCAGCUGCUGUUCAGCCAAAUGCUUGACCCGGAAUCCCAGAGGAAGAAGACGGUGCAAAAUGUUUUGGACCUGCGACAGAACCUAGAGGAAACCAUGACGAGCUUGAGAGGGGUGCCGCUGAGCCACAGCUGUUUGGCGGGGAGCGUGUGCUACGACAGUGAUGACGCUGCUGCGUUUUCCAUUUCCAGUCUCUCCAAUCGCUCCUCGCCACUGUCAUGGCGCCACGGUCAAGCAAGUCCACGCCUGCAGGCUGGCGACGCCCCAUCUACGGUCAACAACCAAUCGGACCUUGCCCUCCGGAUCAGCCACGCCUCCCGCAUUCACCUCAUCGAAGAUCUGGACGACACGGAUCCGUCCCUGCUGAAAGGAGAUUACCUGAGCGACAGUGACCUCGGGGGGAAAAGCCCCAAUGAGGAUGACGACGACGUGGAUAUUGAUGAUCUGGGCAAUGGCUGGGACGAAAGCAGUUCCAUCAGCAGCGGCCUGAGUGACGGCUCGGACAAUCUGAGCUCCGAAGAGUUCAUCACAAGCCCCACCCUCAACUCACUUCCUUCCACGCCCAUUGGCUCCCGCAGAAACUCGGCCGUUGUGAUGCGCACAGAUGCUGAGAAAAGGUCUCUGGUGGAAAGCGGACUUUUGUGGGACAGUGACCAUGCCAAACCCAGCCGGAAGAGUUUGGGAAGCAGCACCUACGAUACAGGAAGCCUCAAGUCCGAGUCCGACAAUAAAUGGAAAAAAUCCCGGCCGCUGGCGGACGGUCACGAAGGAGUAAAGGGUGAACUAAAGAAACCUCAGACGCUGGUGUAUGGGAACGCCUUGAAGAAGGGAAGGAACCCACCGGUGGCAGUCACCUCACCCAUCACGCACACACCUCCCAGUGGGCUCAAAGUGGCAGGUACAGCGAAGACAGAUACCAAGCCUUCCGAUAAAUCUCGCUUAGCAUUGAAAAACUCCAGCCUUCAGCGCUCGUCUUCUGACGCCGGGAAAGAGCAGCGCAAUGGGAGCGCUCCUAGCGAGCCACGUAAACCUCCAUCGGGUCUUGCCAGGCCAUCCACCGGAGGGAAUUUUGGUUUCAAAAAGCCCACCCCAAAUAAUAGUUCAUCCGCCGUGAGUGCAGGUGGCAACGUUCCCAAGACAUCUGGUAUUCCUGUCAAACCGGCAGCAGGCGGACGCAAGACCAGUUUGGAUGUCUCCAACAGUGACCAGAGUGGAUUUUUGUCUCCAAAUGCCAGGACGUCCCUCCAGUACCGCUCUUUGCCGCGCCCAGCCAAGACAAGUACCUUGACUCUAACCCGGCCGAGUUCAGCGCGUCUGGUGAGCGCCACCGUGGACGCCGGCUCCGGGCUGACCAAACCUUCCGGCACGCCCCUCCAGGGCCCGAGGCUCAAAGAGCAGACCGGAUUUAAUCCUGCAGUAGGACUGACUAAAACGGGCAGUCGGGGGAUCCCGAGUCCGGUCAAUCAAACGGACAGAGAGAAGGAGAAGGAGCGAGCCAAAGCUAAAGCCGUGGUGUCGGACUCGGAGUGUGGAGGCGGAUCUUCGAAGGCCGCUCGGGCGCAGGCCGCUACGGAGAACGGAGGAGGGAGGCUGCAGGGGCUCAGACCUCCCAGUGGCAAGAGCACAGAUCUGUCAUCGUCAAACUCACACAGACUGCCUGGCUCGCGAGGCCUGACCAAGCCUCUGUCAGUUUCCCAUCUGGACAAGCUGAACUCCAACAACCCGGAGGUCAUCGCAGCUCCGGACUCCUUGCCUCCGAAGAUCCCCCCUUACUCAAAGCUUCAAGAACUAGCCAACUCCACGAGCGGGCCCCGCCUCACCCCCAGCCCCGCCCCUUUGCUCAACGUCAACUCUUCGGCCUGCUUCUCCGUCUCGGGCUUCGGCUUGGGGCCUCGGCAAGUGACUUCUCUCGGGCUGGAGGGCGGCGUCAGGAGCACCUCUCCCCUGCUCUACCCUCGCAUGUCUGGUCUGCAUCGCAGCAUGGAGUCCUUGCCUCUCCAGAUGAGCGUGGCUUCCGAUCUGCAGCAGAGGGGGCGGGAGAACUCGGUGAGAAGCUACAACUCCAGCCAGUCCAGAGAAGACGAGCGACGUGACGACAAGGGGCCCCCGGCUAGCUGGAGCUCUGGGAAUAAAGUGUCCAUGACAGAGACUGACAGUUGUCAGAGGGACAGAAACACUCUGCCAAAGAAAGGUUUAAGUUUCAGCAGUGCCUCCCAUGUUGACUGUGAUGGAAAGGAGAAAGGAGAGAGGAGACACUCUCAUAGUAUUCUCAGCAUGAGCGACUCGCUCACUCUUCCCAUGUCUUCCUCGCCGACGACGUCCUUGCACCGCUCCACCGUUAACAGUACAGUGCCAAGCCCGCUUGGUGGACCUCCAAGGAUGACUCGGUCCAACAGCAUCCCAACACAAGACGCGUCCACCGAGCUUUACGUGGCGUCUCCGCUUGGAAGCACGUUAUCGCUGGCCGAACGGCCCCGCAGUUUAGGAAUGGUUCGCUCUGGAUCCUUUAGAGACAAGGAGAUGAAUGAUGAAGUUCACGGGUCUGUGAUCUCUUUGGCGUCCAACGCCUCGUCAAGCUACUCGUCAGUGAGUGGCAAUGCCAUUCAUUCGCAGGCAGAGGAAAGGAUACAGGGCGAGCAAAUUCGAAAGCUGAGGAGAGAAUUGGAGUCUUCCCAGGAAAAGGUGUCAAAUCUGACCACGCAGUUGUCAGCCAAUGCAAACCUGGUGGCCGCCUUUGAGCAAAGUCUUGCCUUAAUGACAACCCGACUGCAGAGCCUGUCGAUAAGUCACGAGCAGAAGGAAUCUUUCCCCCCCUCCCCCUCUGCACAGGACUCUGAGCUGAUGGAGUUGCGCGAGACCAUCGAAUCGCUGAAGGUCAAAAAUGAUGAGGCGCAGGCCGUCAUACACGUAGCCUUAAACCACGAAGAUAACGAUAAAGACGGGCGUAUGCGUCGCCAGAACUCGUGUGAAAGCAUCUCCAGCCUCAACAGUCUGACCAGUUUGUCAAGUGUAGGCAGCUUGAAGGACCAGGAUGCCAAAAAGAAGAAGAAAAAGAGCUGGUUGAGAAGCUCCUUCAACAAGGCCUUCAGCAUUAAGAAAGGCGCCAAAACCUGCUCAGACAUUGAAGAAAUAGUCACACCUGACUCCUCCGCUCCAAACUCACCAAAGAUGCUUCACGAAGGAGCGGAUUCAGGAGAGAACGUGUCCCUCAAAACGUCCACGUCCGACAUCUCCUCAAAGAUCAUCGGGAUCACCGAGGAGGACGAAGGUGGCGAGAGGGCCGUGUCGGAGCUCCGCUCGGAACUGUGGGAGAAAGAGAGGGAGCUGACAGACAUCCGACUGGAGGCUUUAAAUUCCGCUCAUCAGCUGGAGCAACUCCGAGACGCUAUGGACAACAUGGAGUCAACAGUGGAAAGCCUGAAAGCAGAGAACGAUCAUCUGAAAAUCGGAAGUCACGGUCCCACCUCAUCCGCAUCGCAGCCUUCGGGGUUGGCCUCUUUCUUGGGGACAUCGCUGAGACAGCCAAUGUCCCUCACUAAGUCCUUCAGCCUGAGUCUGAAUGAUUCCAAAGGUCCAGACAUGUCUUCAGGCAACAUGUUAGGCUUAUCCACUCAGCCAGCAGAGGUGUGCGCGCAAGUUCUGGUUUGCUUUACGGAUCCAGCUGAGGAGCAGAAACAGCAGCAGGAACAUUACCUGGGAUCAGUCACGAUCGGCGAGAAGACCGAAUGGGCCUAUCUGGACUCCAUGAUAGCCAAGACAUUCAGAGAGUACCUCACUCAAGUGGACCCGACAGCCAGCCUGGGUCUCAACUGCGAUUCGCUGCACAUGUAUGAGCUGAGCCAAGGAGCACUAAGGGUCAUAGGAGGAGACAAACCUCACGCCUCACCGCAUCGAUGUCUCAGUGGCAGUCCGCCUCGCAUUUUUGUCACCCUGAAAGGUCUUGAAGAACAAAGUGUGGACUCCCUGGUAUUCGAGACCCUCAUUCCCAAGCCCAUGAUGCUGCAUUACAUCAGCCUUCUGCUAAAGCACCGGCGUCUGGUCCUCUCUGGGCCCAGCGGCACAGGGAAGACUUACUUGGCCCAGCGUCUGGCCCACUACCUCAUGCAGCGCAGCCACAACAACUUGCCUGAAGGGGACAGCGAGCCUUCCUUCAUGGGCCGCGGCACCACCGUCUCCUUCAACAUGCAUCGGCAGACGCAAAAGGAGCUGCAAUUGUAUCUGUCCAAUCUAGCCAAUCAGAUCGACCGACAGAGCUGCAGCGAGCAUCCGCUGGUCGUGAUCAUCGACGACAUCGGUGACGCCGCCGUCGUCACCGAGCUCAUUAACGGCGCGCUCACCUGCAAGUAUCAUAAAUGUCCUUACAUCAUCGGAACGACCAAUCAACCCGUGAAGAUGUCAUCGAACCAUGGACUGCACCUCAGCUUCAGGAUGCUUUCUUUCUCCAAUAAUGUGGAGCCAGCCAAUGGCUUCCUCUUGAGGUACCUCCACCGUAAAGUUGUGGAAGCCUACCAGAAGAAAGAGCAUGACGCGUCGCAGCACCAGGACCUCCUCUGCGUUCUAGACUGGGUCCCCAAGCUCUGGUACCACCUCCACACGUUUUUGGAGAAACACAGCACUUCAGAUUUCCUCAUAGGUCCUUGCUUCUUCCUGUCAUGCCCCGUGUCAGUGUCCGAGUUCAGAAAGUGGUUCAUUGACCUGUGGAACCACUCCAUCAUACCGUACCUUCAGGAAGGAGCCAAGGACGGCAUCAAGGUGCACGGCCAGAAGGCGGUGUGGGAGGAUCCUGUGGAGUGGGUGAGAGGGACCCUCCCUUGGCCCGGCGCACAGCAGGACCAGUCCAAACUCCAUCACCUUCCGCCACCAAGCAUAGGACUGCACAACGAAGAGAAGAAGCCCCCCAAAGACACGCCUCCGCCCAGCACGUUGGAGUCCGAUCCCUUGAUGAUUAUGCUGCUGAAGCUGCAGGAGUCGGCAAACAGCGUCGAGUCGCCGGAGCGAGACUGCAGCCCGCAUCCACUUUGAGGAGAAACUUCAACGAUAAUACCUUGCCUCAGCAAAAACAAACUUUGCAAGUCGGAGCGAUCACGAGACGUUUUUUUUUUCCCUCCACAAGCACGAAGACCAGUCCGGACUUGUGUUUCUCCCCAUUCUGGGUGCUUGCUCAACGCCAAAAUUGCACUUUAUUUCCAAUUUGUGACAACUGGACUUGAACGUGUCAAAGGAGAAUCUUGCAGUUAAGCAGUAAUACCGCUAGGUGGCAGCAGCUGCUGCUUCCACACCACAGCGUCAAUCAAAACAUGCGCAGAACAAAAAAGUGCUUGUUUAUGUCACCCAGACGAUUCUUGUUACCGUUUGAAAACUCUUUUUUGUGAUAGAUGCAUCUUUUGUAGGAUUUUGUACCAAAUCAUCUUCACUAAUAAUCAGCCAUGUGCAGCAAAUAUUGUCUCAUUUCAUACGUGGAGUCACAAAACCAAACGAGUGCUUCCGCUCUUGCUGCUUUGUUCAUCACAGACAUUUGACAUUUCUUUUUCACGGAUUAACAACUGGAAGUCUCCUUUUUCUUUAGCCCAUUUUUUAUGAUAACCAUAAGGAAGUGCCCCCCCCCCCCCCUCCAAUGUUCCUUCCAUGUUCUUGUACUUUGCAAACAAGGUGCUGACGUAAAUUGGAGACGCGAUGCCUACGUCUGCCUGUGCCUGAAAGCCCCGAUUGGCCUGAAACCAACCGCCUUUGUGUCGCUUGAAUGCACCACCCCGAGGCCUCCAUUUAAAAUAAGUUAUCAUAAGACGCGGCUCAUCACGAUUAUGAUUCGAACAUUUGCUUGGUCAGGUGGAAGACGAAUGGGCUGCUAAGACGUGUGUGAUUUCAUGAGUGUGGAAAAACUGGACAAACAAGUAGUUGAAGAAAUGUUUGCAGAUGACAUAAUGUUGCCAUUUUUCCGUGUUUCCCAAAGCUCUUACUUUGAUUGGACCUAUCGCGUUUGUUAAAAAAGAAAAAAAAAAGGAAAGAAAACGUUCCUCUUUUCACCUUGUUUUUAAAAACCUUUUCUUAUGCAAAUAUUUGUAAAUAUUUAUUUCUCUUUUGUACAUGACAUCACAGUUGUACACACUGUAAAUAGCCAGUGCAUCUGCGACAACAAUCCUGAAAAAGAGUGUAAAUGAAAAUGCGAACGGUUCUGAUUUUAAAGCGGGCUGAAGUUUGUACGGCAUUUUCCCGUAACCGCAUUACAUCGAGCUCCGGACAACAAAGUUCUACGUUUGGUUUUUAGACCUGUGACGUGUUGUCCACUUGAGAGGCAACUUUUUUUUUUUUUUUCCCCCAGCGUGCCUGUUUUAAGUUAAGUAUUUGUUUGCUACAUAUAAUAAAUCAUAUUUACAUUUAAGGUUAUAUUGACAUUUUCAAAUUGGAAGCAUAUUCAUGAAGAAUAAAGCUGUCUUCCCUUUUA